UCAAAAUCCCAACACCACCUCGCCCCAUGUGAUUCCUUGGCAUGGCCGAUGCUUGCUGAAGUGGAUCAAGUGCUGGAGCGGCUCCGCCAGAGUGAUCCCAAUGGUUGGAGCGAGUUGAGUCGAUGCCUGGACAGCCUCAGCUCGGAGCAGUUCGUCCGCUUCUGCGAGCAGCUCCGUAAGUUGCCCAGCACCGCGCCGGGCCCGGGCGCCGAACUGAGCGCGCGCCUGGCGCAGCGGGUGGCCAAUGCCUUGGAAGAGGUGGAACACAAGACGGAGACAGUUUCUGCAAGUCUCUUGCUUCUCUUGCAGCGUUGUCUUGGCAGUUUAGAGCACUCGCAGCUGGAGCAGCUGCAGCUGCAACAGCGCCUGCUGCCAGCGCUGAAGCGCAGCCGGAGCCUUGCAAGCUCCGCGCAGGCCAUGGUCUGUUUGCAGAGGCUGGCAGAGGAGAAGAGCUCCAUGGGCUCGGCUGAGUUGGCUGCAGCUGUGUUGGCCGCGUUGCAGCUCUGCUCGGAAGUGGUCUUGCAGCGCAGCAGCCGGGCGAUGCUGCGGGAGGCGGUGCAGCUCCUGCAGGCUCUGCCGCAGGUGUUGGAGGUGACGGGCGACACCUUAGAGGCUUCGGCGCUGACGGCGCUGGCGCAUUUGCAGCCCUUGGCCGUGUUGGGCGCUCCCUACGUUUUGCCCCGCCGCACCGCCGCCGAGGUCUCGGGGCGCGCCGAGGUCUCGUCCUCGGUCUCAUGGUCGGAGACUGAGCCGCAGAGCGCGGCCGAGCGGAAGGGCAAGGGACGUGGUGAAGGCAAGGACGCCGUGACGGCCUUGCAAACGUUACAGGCACAGUGCCGAAGCUUGUCGCUGAGGAACUUUGCACAGCUCUUCAAGCUAUGGCCGAAGGCCUUCUUUGGACGCUGGCCCUUGGUCCUCGACUUCCAAUCUGGUGAGGUGUGCCGCCCAGGAAGCGGAAUUCAGCGGCCCAUGCUGCUGUCGAUUUGUGAUCGUGAUCCGGUGGUGCGUGUACGGCAGCAGGCCUUGUCCGCAUUAGUGGCCUUGCUUCAGGCGCCCCAACUGAAGGCAUGGCCCGUUCCACUGGAGACCUCCCAGAAAGCGCAGAGCAGUACCUCCCUCACUGGACAGUUGGCGAUGACGAUCCGACAGAGCCAUGCGCUGGUGAUGGAGCUCAUGGAUGGAGAUGAGCUGAAUCAACUGAACGCCUUGCGCGCCUGUGCUGAUCUUGUGGCCUCCACACCUUAUAGCAAGCUCCAAAGUGGCUUGAUCACCAGCCUCCUUGACAAGCUCUUGGCCUUCGCCUACCAGAGCGAGUUGAAACUUGAGGCUUCUCCACCAGUGCUGGCCCUCGUCCUGGCCUUGAGCUCGCUGCUGAAGCGCGAGGACUGCGCCGCCGAGAUCACGAAGGCCCUCUUUCGGACGCGCCGUCCGAGCGGGCCGAGCGCAGUGGCGGCCUGCGCGGGCGAGGCUUCUGCAGACUGGCUUUUCCAGCAGAUGCUCCGCUUGAUGACCGAGACGCCCGAGAUGAAGCCCCAGACGCCGACGGGUGCCCGACGUACCGACGGGCGCAAAGACCGGGGGAAGCGGCCCGAGACGCCCGAGGAGCCCUUGAUGAUUCAGGAGUUCGCCCUGCUGACAGGCCGCUUAGCGCUCUUCGUCCCAGCAGCUUUGCCGGAGUCCACUCUGACUCUUCUAGAGCAGCUGGUGCUGUCUUUCGUGAGCCAACAGAGCUCCAUGUUGCGGCUUCGAGCUUUUCGCCUGCUGAACGACCUGCCGCUCUCCGAGGCUUGGCAGUUCUCUCCCAGUUUUCUGGAGCAGCUCUUCCAAAUCUCUCAACGUCCAGAACCCAUUGCUUCAGUCCGCCAGAGCCUCCUCAGCGCUCUGCCUGGCCUCGUGCGCUGCUCCGCGCGCUCUGAGCUCACGGAGGAGCACCCGCUGCGGCAGGUGCUGCGGCAGGGGCUCCAGGACGUGAAUGGCGGUGUUCGAACCGCCGCAGCACAGGCGCUGGGUGCCAUGGCGUCCAGGUUCGAGUUGGAUGCCGUGCAGUGGCUGAUCCCCUUGGCCGCCGAUCCCACAGGCGACGUGCGCUCGGCCUCCGCCACGGCGCUGGCCAGCUUCGCGCCGCGGCUGGGCGAAGGUCCGCUGCGGACGGAGGUCGCAGAGGUCCUCCUGCCGCUCUGCUCCGACGCGUCCGACAAGGCCAGAGCCUCUGGGCUGCGCGCCGUCGGCUGUCUGGCCGAAGGCUUUGCUGAAAUGCCACGUUCGCUGGCGGAAAGCCUGGCCAAGCUGCUGACUGCAGCUGUGGCGCAACCCCCGCCCAAGUGCCAGUGGAACGCCUGCCGCUCGGCCGGGCAACUGGCUGUCUGCGCCAGCCAUCUUCCACAGGUGAUUCAAGAGCUGAUGGAUGCCCUUUGUGAGCUCCUGGGCACAGAGAACCUCAAGGUACGGAUCCAGGCAGUGGUGGCAUUGCAGCAAGUGACGGUGGUGAGCGACCAGAAGGAGGUGAUUAAGGUUGCGGCUGAGAAGGCCUUGAGCCGCAUUAGCUGCACUCCUCCACCAGGACUGGAGGAGCCCAAGGAGCGGCAAAGCUACCUGGAGCAACUGAAAGCAGAGCUCCUUCGGCUCUUGGAGUCGACGGCUUCGCCCAACGCGCGGACGCGCGCGGACGAGCGGACGACCGACGGGGGCGACGAAAAGAUGCGCGGGCCGGCGACCGACGGGUGGUGCGGAGAGCCUGGGAAGGUCUGUGAGAUGUGGUGCAACGUGUUGUCCGACACGGAUAUCCCAGUUGUUGUGAUCAAAGGAGCCUUGGAAGAUGUGGAGUCCACUGGAUCCAUGGGGGAUCCAUCGUGGGAGGGUGAAGAGGAAGUGGAGCUGGGCACCCCCUUUCCCGUGAUGGACCGACCGCCGCAUGAGGGAGAGUUUACCGUGGAGGAGGAUCGCAUGGUGACGCUUGGGUGA